CACUAAUGUACCUAAUGUGACCGGGAGCAAUCAAGCCUGUACGCUCUCCUCACGGAGAGCUUAUAAGAAGGACCUUUGUGCAGUCCAUACGGUCUAACAACUAUUCAGCUUUGAUUGUUUAAAAUCAAAAUUGACCCAUACUACAAGUCCUCACCAUGACCUCCAUGAAAGAUGUGUUCGCAGGUUAUACCUCUCGACAGGCCACUCUCGCAGCAAACAAUAGUCCCUUUGCCCAAGGAAUCGCCUGGGUGGAAGGGAACCUCGUCCCCAUCGGCGAGGCCCGCAUCCCACUCCUAGACCAAGGCUUCUUGCACAGUGAUUUGACGUAUGAUGUCCCCGCAGUCUGGGAUGGGCGUUUCUUCCGCCUCGACGAUCAUCUGUCCCGCCUAGAGAGCAGCUGUCAAAAGCUGCACCUCAAGCUCCCUCUGCCCCGGGAACAGGUCAAGCAAAUCCUGGUGGACAUGGUCGCGAAGAGCGGCAUCCAGGACGCCUUUGUGGAAUUAAUCGUCACCCGCGGUCUUCAGGGUGUCCGCGGGGCCCAUACCAAAGAUCUCACCAAUACCCUCUACCUGUUCGUCGUCCCUUAUGUCUGGGUUAUGGAGCCCAAGGAGCAGCACGUUGGCGGUAGUGCUAUCAUCACCCGCACUGUGCGACGGGUCCCACCCGGCUCGAUGGACCCCACCGUGAAAAACCUGCAAUGGGGUGAUUUGACGCGUGGUCUGAUUGAGGCGUCCGAUCGCGGCGCCGACUAUCCUUUCCUGACCGACGGAGAUGGAAACCUCACCGAGGGCUCCGGGUACAAUAUUGUCUUGGUCAAGGACGGCACCCUUUAUACUCCGGACCGGGGCGUCUUGGAAGGCGUGACGCGCAAGAGUGUCAUCGACGUCGCGCGGGCUAAUGGGAUCCCGGUUCGCGUCGAGGUCGUGCCGGUUAGCUUGGCCUACUGCUGUGAUGAGAUUUUCAUGUGUACGACUGCUGGUGGUGUGAUGCCCAUCACGUCGUUGGAUGGUAAACCUGUAAAUGGGGGGAACGUUGGACCCAUCACUAAGACCAUCUGGGAUGGGUAUUGGGCUAUGCAUUACGAUCCCGCUUAUAGUUUCGCGAUUGACUAUCGCAAUGCUCAGGGAGGUGCUGCUGGGAGGUCGGCGAAACUAUAAAUAAUGUAUUUUCCGAACACAUCGUAGUGUAUCUACAGUAAUUGGCCUACUGCUAACCUAGAAAGACUGGAUGCCAAUGGGAAACUUUUG